AUGUCGUUGUUUAAAACUCGCUCGUUUUGGGCAACACAGAGUGAAGAUGAUGAAUAUUUUGAUCAGAAUUCAAUGAUUCUAACACAAUUAAACGGCGACAGUGAUUAUAUUAUAACUGGAAGUCAAAGUGGAGUUUUAAGGAUUUUAAAACCAUCCUGUACAGUAACUGAAAAUGAGUUGAGUGGGUUUGCACCAAAUGAUUUAGUGAUAGAGAAGAUUUUUGAUCAGCCAAUUUUGCAACUUGGUUAUGGCAGACUCGUUUCAGGGUCUCAAAAUUACCAAACUGCGGUGCUAAGCCCCAGACGACUAUCCGUUCACCUCUUAAAAAUUAAAGAAGGCCAAACAGAACACGGAACGCAAAAUACAUUCGAAACAUUAUACGAACAUCAUCUAUCAAGAUCUGCUGCCAACUUUACAAUAGGCCCUUUUGGAGGUUCUCAGAACAGAGAUUUUAUUUGCGUUCAAUCACUAGAUGGCGUGUUAAGUUUUUUUGAGCAAGAAAACCAAACAUUCUGUUGUUUUCUGCCAGAUUUUUUGCUACCCAGUCCAAUGGUAUACGUGAAAAAGACUGACACUUUUCUAACUUUAGAUGGUAGUUGGAAUAUCGUUUGUUACAGGUACAACAGUUUAUCUGAGGUAGGCGAACGAACCGAAAAUGACCCGCGUUCUUCAUCAAAAAUAGCACCUCUUUGGUCUUAUUUUUUAGGAGAACCUAUAAUUGAUAUAAACACGGUAGAAGACGAGUUUAACAAAAUAUCAUAUAUACUAAUUCUCGGAGAACGAAAUUAUUUUUGUAUAUACGAAACCGGAAGACUGACUUUUAUGAAGAAACUAGAAUAUUCUCCAAUAUGUUUUGAAGUAUAUAUGAUAAAAGAAAAAAUAUUCUCGUUGAUAGUAUCUGAAACAAGUGAUCUUCUUGUAUACGAAAACACCAAAUUAAAAUGGUCAGCUAAGCUCCAAUUUCUACCAGUAUGCCUUAAACGAGCCUUCCUAAAACAUGUCAAAGGGUCCCUUGUACUUCUUUCAGAAGAAGGAAGGUUGGAAUGCUGCUAUUUGGGAACUGAACCAAGCCUUUUCGUUGCUCCUCCAUUAGUGGAGAGGGAGCUAGAUCUGGAAAAGAUCGAAGAAGAAUUAAAAACACUAAAUGAGAGAAUCAGAGAAUCUUAUGGAAAUGAUUUAAAGUUUGCUAAUCAAAAUCCAGAAAAAGAAAUAACGAUCAAAAUCCAAGUCAGUAAUGAGUUACUACCUUGUGUUUAUGAAACAAACUUAAAAGAUCCAAAAGAUCUUCAGAUGUGCCCAAUAAAAGUAGAAGUAACACCUCAGAUGGCCUUUGAUGAGAUACAGAUAUCAGUAUCAGCUUCAAAACCCAUUAAAAUAACACCAGACAUUGACUUUCAUCUGCAUCCUGAAGAUAUAAUGAAGUUCGAAUGUUUCGCUUUCUUAUAUGAAGAUUUGGAGGUACCAAGUUUAACAGUGAAUGUCAGUGUUACGGUUAUAAGUUCCUUAGGUAGUGCUAGAAAUUUUAACAAGUCUGACAUGUUACCAAUUAAACUUAUUGCGGAGUCUUGUACUCCCCAAAAAGAUGGAAAUCAUAAGAUUACCCUUAGUGUUACUCAAAACGUCGUUCCCUUGUUAACUUUAUUUCCAGAAUUUAGCGAGGAAACUAAAACAAGUAAUGCCAUAGCUUUCAAAAGAUUUUACGAUAGUGGACAACCCGUGACAGUACUUCUUGCAAAAUCAUCAGACCGAUAUAGGAUUCAAUCGUCAUCGACGCUCUGUCAGAUGUUGACAAUUUGAAUUGUCAAUUUUUUUUUUUAUGAUUAAAUUAUAAACAAUGAAUUUUACUAAAUACUACUACUAAUGAACAUUAACUAAAACGUAUUUAUUUUUCAUCAUAUAUUAUUUUCAAAAAUCAUACACUUAAUACGAAUAUAAUUUCAGACUUCGCUAGAACAACUAGGACAACAAUUUAUAAUUAUCCAAAAACGAUUAAUUUCCAAAUUUAAAGUUAAAAAUCCUACUCCGUUAACAAACUUGGAGAUUUUAAUGAAAGAUACAUACGAUGAAAUCGACAAUACUAUUCAGAUAUUAAACAAAGCCAACAAAAAAUUAACAAAAGCACAAGUCAAUCUUAGUUGUGUUUUAAAUUUAAUAGGACAUUUAAUAAAAAUUAUGGAUAUGGACAACAAGAUGAAGGAAGAAAUAGUAUCCGUAUUUUGUCCUAGUGUUGAUGACAUAGAAAGUCAAGACUGGGAAGAUGUGAUGGACGCCGCUCUAAGUUACUUGCUGAGAACGUCGUUGGCAAAAUCCGAGAAAGAUAAAUUGAGGAUCUCACAAUCGAAUGUGGAGAAAGUAACAGAUAUAUCAAAAAUGGAGAAACGUCUUGUUCAAGUACUUGAAAGAAUUUCAAAAAUAGAGACACCUGAAAUUGUACAAGUAGAGAAUGAAAAUGAAGAAGAAGAAUUGCCAAAACCAGAAAUAGAACAUGAAGAUGAAAAACCGGUGGGAAGUCAACUCGGCCAGGCAAGCAUGCGCUUGUUGUCGGCGAGGCGAAGUUUAUUAAGAAAACGCCACAAAAAUGAAGAAGAUUAA